AUCAAAACUCACAAGCGUGAACUCUCUCACGAUAGCUUCGGAUCCCCGCCAAAAAAGGAAGCAGGUCUGCCUGCCGCACCCCGGUGGGGUCUAGAAUGUGCGGGGCUAGAAGGGGUGGCCCUUGCUCUGAAAGACGGGCGUGCCGUCAUUUUCAGCCACUGAUCGGCAGGGCGUGAACCCAAUACAGCCCGGCCGCAUCCGAUCUAAUCAGCACGGCCAGUCAGCUGCCAGAGAUAAGGUCGUGGCGCCAGGGUCCUGGCAUCUAAAAAGAGAUCCACCAAGCGCCUUAUCAGCUCGGUGGGCCAUCCUCUGAUAAUGACCUCGUUCCUGUGCUGCUGCAUGCGACAAUGCGAUUCCGAGACCGCAACAAGUGAUAUGGGUGUAUGGGAAUUCUAUCUCCCUCCCGGGAGGGAGGAGGGGGCGGUCUGGAUCAUGGCAGCCGUUCCAAUGCCUGGGAGAAUUCUCGGAAUCUGACGGUGUGUUCAAGGUGGAUGGAGUGGAUUUUGCUGAGGCCAUUGCCUUGACUGCCUGCCAGAAGGAAGCAAAGAAACAAGGCCGGAAAGAAACCGUGCCGGAUAUUUCCCUUUCCUUCCCUCUCUUUAUAUAUAUAUAUGUUUGUGUCUGUCCUCGUUGGUGACUCGAUAUCUUAUCUUCACUUUCACAUCUCAUCUUUUGACUACUCCCACCGGCCAAGACCCUGCAUCUUGCUUACCACCACACCACACCCCCCAUUCUCGCCUACGGAUCACAUUGCGCCGUGCAACCUUUAUUCUCACUCGUCUCACGGCUACUUAUCAAAACUGUCCCGCACCGCCGCACACCCAUCCCGCAGCCCAGAGAUAAGACUCUCUCCCCUCCCUUAUAGGAAACCCAGACGCCUUAUCCUGCAAACUACCAAACCAUAUCGCCGGGUCCCGAUAGCCUAGCAUCAUCCUAUCCUGAUCCCCUGUCUCUUUCUGACUUCACUUCUCUCACCCCUUCAAGCUGUGGCUUUGGGGGAAAAAUCGACACACCUCUCUCUUCAAUAUGGCUACCACGCUCCAACAGAACGAGCAGCCCCUUGUGGUGCUGGCCUCGACAAACACCAUCAUCACACUCCCAGAUGACACCCUCCUUCUCACACCAGCCACCGUCACUGUAUCACCGGUGACCGGCAAGAUUCUCUCCGUAGUCCGUGAAGUUUUGCCCAGGAGCUCUUUCCCCCCCAACACCACAUACAAUGACCUCAGCCCCAAGUUCCUACUCCCGGGUCUGGUAGACGCCCAUGUCCACCUCAACGAGCCGGGCCGUACCGAGUGGGAGGGCUUCAACACGGGCACUAAGGCAGCCGCCUCUGGCGGUGUCACGACCGUUAUCGACAUGCCGCUCAACGCCAUCCCGCCCACCACCACCCUAGCAGGGUUCCAAGAGAAGCUUCGUGCUAGCCAGGGCCAAUGCUGGGUCGACGUCGGCUUCUACGGAGGUGUCAUCCCCGGCAACGCAGGCGAGCUGCUCCCGCUGGUCGAGGCUGGUGUGCGUGGCUUCAAGGGUUUCCUUAUCGACUCUGGUGUGGAUGAGUUCCCAGCCGUGUCCUCCAAAGACAUCGCCUUGGCCAUGACCACACUCAAAGACUCCCCCACCACCUUGAUGUUCCAUGCCGAGAUGCUCCCCCCCAUCACCGAGUCUGUGGGCGAUUACGUCCAAAUCUCUGACCCACCUCUCGCCCCCAAAGGCGAUCUCUUCAGCUACAGCACCUUCUUGGAGUCUCGCCCCCCAGCCUUUGAGACGUAUGCCAUCGAGGAGAUCGUCUCCCUGGCCGAGCUGGCACCCAAGCUGCACCUCCACAUCGUCCACCUCUCCGCCGUAGAGGCGAUCCCCAUCCUCCGCAAUGCUCGCAAGGAAGGCGUCAACAUCACGGCCGAGACAUGCUUCCACUACCUCGGCCUCGCGGCAGAUGACAUCGAAGACGGCGACACCCGUCACAAGUGCUGCCCUCCCAUCCGGUCGCAGACCAACCAAGACCGGCUGUGGGAGGAGAUUGUUGAGGCGCAAGGGGAGGGGUGCAUCAAGACUAUUGUUUCUGACCACAGCCCUUGCACGCCAGAGCUGAAGCUGCUGCCUCCGCAUCUUCAGACGGUGAAUGAUGAUUCGCUGAGGCCGAAUAUGCAUCACUCCGACUCCGGUGUUGAUAUGACUUUGCCCUCUGAUCAAACCCACGACAAGUCUUGCUCCCACGCCUCCUCCCGGCCAGAGCUGAAGCCGACGGAUUCAGGCGUGGUGAUGACUCUUGCGUCGGAAACCCCCUCCCCCAUCGAGGAGCAGCCCACCAACCCCCUUUCCACCACCGCUGCUACCACAUGCUGCGCCGACACAACCCACCACCCCAACCCCGCCCCCCAACAACGUCUCCUCCCCAUCACAAACACCAACCAAGGCGACUUCUUCGCCGCCUGGGGCGGGAUUUCCUCUGUCGGCCUUGGUCUUCCCAUCCUGCACACCAUCGCCACUGACAGAGCCGCUCACGGGUUGCCGGCGCCGGAUCUGGUGGACAUGGUAAGGAUGUGCUCGCAGGCCACGGCGCAGCAGGUGGGGCUGUAUCACCGCAAGGGCGCGAUCAAGGUCGGGCACGACGCGGAUUUUUGCGUGUUUGAUGGCGAGGAGAGGUGGGUGUUGAGGAGCGGGGAGAUGAGGUGGAAGAAUAAGGUGUCGCCGUGGGAGGGGAGGGAGUUUGUUGGACGGGUGAGGGAGAGUUGGGUUAGGGGGGAGAAGGUUUUCCAGCUUGGCGCCGUGGGAGGGGGGUUUGUCGGGGGGAAGCCGAGGGGGGAGGCGAUUGUUGAGAGGAGGACUGCUUAAGGGUUGGGGCGAGGUUGAAGGGCAUGAUGGGUGAUGAUGGGCAUACCUUGUUUUCUACAUGUUGGCAUCUGCAUCUUGGGUUGCAUUGUAUGGAUGUGUUUUGUUUCUUUUUGGCGGGAUACCCCGCGAUGGGAGAAUAUGUGGUGGUCAUGUCAUGGAUGGGAACACGGGGACUCUUUUUGAUUGGAUUGGAUGGGUUUUUUUUUCCAUUGUAACUGGCAACAUUUUUGCAUGGGAUGACGAGCGAAAGCACGGGAUUUGGGAGCACGAGCACGAGAUACCUAGUGAGACAGACGCAAAUUGAACUCACGAUUGAAGUUGACACUAUUCUUGGAC